GAUCAGAAACUCAUAUUAUUCUGGUGGUAUCUUCGCUUGUGACAAAGAAGUUCAAGAUCACGUUUCCACUAUUCAGAACCUUAAAACUCAAAGUAGCCAUAUGUGUGGAGUGUCGACAUUGAAAGCUGCCAAAAAUAAACCUGUUUCAUUUAGAAGUUUGGAUGAAACCGGCAUAAGCAUGGCUUCCUGUCGACAUGGAAUUAUUCUUGCUGCAUUAAAUAUGUAUCAGGGAGAGCUCUACAGUUAUGCCCACUAUUUGCAAAUGAACCGUUUACAAAAUGUGUCCUUCAUAUGCCAGGAUAUCAUCUGUAAAUACUGGCCAUGGGCCUUAAAGAUUUCAUCAAGAGAACAGAAGUUCUCACUUGGGCAAGGAAAGCCUUUUUUAGGAGUCCUACAUGCCAAAGGACAUUCUUGGUAUUGUCAGGUUUUGUAUGGAGGGCGGUGGCAAGAAGGAAGUGGCCUGACAUCUGGGGAGGAGGCAGAGCAAGUAUUUUCCUACCUUUCAAGAUAUAACAACAACACUAAGAACAUGCUUAAAGCUGAGCGUACAGAAGAACUGACAGAGGGGGCACUCUUUUGGAAUCACAGAAAAAUUAAUGGAAUGCCUCGGGCAUUAGUUGCCAGAUUCAGAAAGGCCACAGAGACAGCUGCAGCAGUUUCAAAUGAGAUUCACAGGCUUAAUGUCCCAGAAUCUGUUAUUGAGAAAUGGAGAUCAGAAUUACUGAUCAUUGCAAGAUCCUUAAAUAACAGAUCCUCUGCCAAUAACAUUGAGCAUACUAUCGAGGCAUAUGGAGAGAAUAUAAGGCAUCGCAAAAAUCAGAUUACCACUUAUGCAGUUUCAUCUAAAAUGAGAGCUGUAUUGAGAAACAAAAAUGAAGUUGAGAAAAAAAAACUACGAGAUCUCAUAAAAAUCUACAAUCAGAACCAUCCGGAUUUGUCUGAAGCAGAUGUUUUAACUGGCAUCCUUCCAUGGCACAAUUUAUUGCUUCAUCAAAACACAAGUGUGUCCCUGACUGAAAAAAGAAGUGCAGUGGAAAAGUUUGAGCUCCAGAAGAGAUGUAGAGAGGAGGAAUCACUAACCAUUCAAGAAAUGAUAACAUGGUUACAGUACUACAAAAAGAAAAGGGACAAACUAUCCGAGUAUAUUCAAGAAUUACAAUGUGAUUCUUUCCCUUCAUGUCUCUGCAAGGAUUCUAACACGUACACCAUUGAAAACCCAAUUCUGUCAGAAGAAGAGAAACGUGGAUUAUUGGCUCUUCUCAAUCAGGGUCAAAAGCAAUGUGCUGACAAGCUUACUGAAGCCAAACAUUUAUUUAGUUCCUACCAGCCAAAUGAGGUCUAUGAGCCUUUCUUGGAGCUCUUAGAAAGUGAUGAAGAUGAAGACAUGUAUUUACAAAAUGAAUAGAUACAAAUGAACAAAUCCACAAGGGCCAUGAUGAGGGUUCGAACCUAUGUCCGAGAGGAUCCCACACGAGCCUUAAUGGACUGUGUUACGACAUGGCAAAAGAAUUCCAACCGGGAGUUCAACUGACCUCAAUCAUAGAUUUAAGGCAUCACGCUAUUGUGAUUUCUGUGUUUAACAAAUAGAUACAAGAUAGGCUUUUAAAUUUUUAAAUUUUUACUUACUUACUUUUGUCCUGUUGCUUGGUUACAUGAAUUGACCACACAAAUUAUGUUGCUUAGUUACAGAGAUUCUUAUAACUACAUGAAUUUUGUUGUUCAUUUAUAAGCCCAUUAUGUGCCUCUAAAAAUUUCCACUGCCACUCACAGGAUGGGUAUGUUGUGCAUAAUAAAUAAACUAAACUAAUAUUUUAUAUGCAUAUACUUUUGUCUUUUAAUACAAUAAAACUGGAUUAUAUUAAAAUAUUUUCCU